AAAAUGCAGAAUUGCUAGAUUUGUGUUAACAGUCGCAAACAACUAGUCAAAAUGUCCAUUUUACUGAGGUCAAUCUUAUGAACUUUGAAGCAUUCACUUUCUUGAAUCGAGUCCUGAAACUUAAUAAUAGGUUUCAAAGUUGAAUACUGAAAUAUCAAUAUGAAAAUACCCAAUGAAUUUUAGUAAUGAAGUAUACUUCGUUAAGCAAUAGAUACUACAGCAGGUAAUCCUUGAGAGACACCGGGUGCUCGACAGAAUGCCCCAACCAAUCUGCAACCUUGUAAAAAAAAAUAAAACGCAUUUAUAAAAAAAAGAACUUUUCUUCAGCCUUUCUCCCAAGCCAGCCCGACUUCCCUUCCCUCCAAAAUAACCCCAAAAUUUCUAAUUCUCACCCCCAAUUCCUCCUUAAACCCUAACCGCAACCGCCACCUGCUGCCGCGUGAUCCGUAAACGAAUUUCUCUCAGCCUCGCUAGACUCACACAACGUCGACUGCUGGCUGCCAGUGCGGAGCGAGUUAGAGUCUACUACAUUGGCUUGGUUUGCAACUACAAUAGCAAUACUAUCAUUUUGCAAUGGGAGUCGUAAAAGAUGGCAGCACCACCACCGGGUUUCUCCCUAGCAGUGAAGUUUUUGCCAUCCACUAUCCUGGUUAUCCUUCAUCCAUGUCCCGUGCCAUUGAGACACUUGGUGGGACCCAAGGAAUUCGUAAGGCUCAUAGUUCACAGUCAAACAGGCUGGAGCUUCAUUUCCGGCACCAAGAACCAUAUUCACAUCCUGCCUUUGGAGACCUUCGUCCUUGCAACAACUUGUUGCUUAAAAUAUCCAAAACCAAGUCUAAUGCUGGACAAACUCAACCCCAAAGUGAAUUACUUGCCAGCAAACAAGAUGAAGUGCAGAUACCUGAAAAUGAUCGAGUACAUUUUGAUAUUGUUGCUCGUGUACCAGAGGCUUAUCACUUUGAUGGAAUGGUUGACUACCAGCAUGUUGUUCCUGUUCAUGCUGAUGUUGCACGGAAGAAAAAGAGAAAUUGGAUCGAAAUUAAGGAUCCACACUCUGAUAAGGGUGGUCUUAUGGAUAUUGAUCAGGAGGAUGCGAUGAUUCUGCUACCCCAACUCUUUGCACCUAAGGAUGUGCCCGAUAAUUUAGUGUUGAAACCAUCAGUGACAUUGAGUGCAAAAAAGAAUCAAGAAGAACCUGUGCAACACCAAUGGGAGAUGGAUAUGGAGCCAGUUCUUGCAAUUGACUUUGGAAUCAGUGAGAUUCCUAAGAGAACGAAUUGGGAGGAAUAUAUACCCCAAGGCUCAGAUCAGUGGGAGUCACAGAUGGCCGUAUCUCAUCUGUUUGAUGAGCGGCCUGUAUGGCCAAAGGAUUCGCUACUUGAACGCUUGGUUGAUAAGGGCUUCAACUUUUCAGAUCAUCUACUCAGAAGGCUUCUUUCUAGAGUCGCAUACUACUUUUCACGUGGACCAUUUCUCAGGUUCUGGAUAAAAAAAGGAUAUGAUCCUCGCAAGGAUCCUGAAUCUCGAAUCAGAUUUCAGAAAAUUGAUUUUCGAGUCAGACCACCAUUACAGAGUUACUGUGAUGCUAAUUCAGCCAAUCAACCAAAGCAUAGGUGGGAGGAUAUUUGUGCAUUUCGAGUGUUUCCUUACAAGUGCCAUACAACAUUGCAACUAUUUGAACUUGGUGAUGAUUACAUUCAAGAACAGAUAAGAAAACCUCCAGCCCAGACAACUUGCUCUUCUGAGACAGGAUGGUUUUCAUAUAACAUGCUUGAAAACUUGAAAGAUUGUGUUAAAGUGAGGUUCCUAUCUGUAUUCCCAGAACCUGGUGCAGAGCCCUUGCUAAAAGCUGCUACUGAAAGCUUCAAAAAGUCCAAGAAGAUGAGUAGUAAUGACAAAUUAAUGCGUGAUGAAGUGGUACACCCACAGGCCAAAGCAGGAUAUGAAGAUGUUGAGGAACCCAACAAUGUUGAGGAAGAGGAGAAAGAUGAAAUUGGGGUUAAUAAUUGUGAAGAGGCAUUAGAUACAGAUGAUGGACUUGAUGUGGCUGAGGAUGGUGAAAUUUCUCUACAGUCACAUUCAUAUCUUAACAUGGAGAAUAUCUCAAGAACCCAUUUACAGGAGCUUUUUGGUAGUUUUCCAUCUCCUGAAGCAGGGGGUGAUAGAAUACAAGCUGCAUAUACGAGUGAUGAGGAAUACCAGAUUUAUGAGCAAGAUAGUGAUGACAACUUCUCUGAUGAAAAUGAUUGCUAACAUGACAACUCUAAGGUUGUGCAAUAUGAACAUCAUUUCACAUGUACAAGUUUUAUGCUUUGCGUUUCAUGACAGUAAGUUGCUCAUGCAAACUUGUCAAGAGGCCUUGCCUGGUAUAACAUGAAAGCUACACUAACUACCAAUUAUUGGUAUUUGACCAUCAAUAUAAAGCACAACUUCAGAUUCAUUUUCUAGCUUGGACAAGAUGAUAAGUCGAACUGAUUCGUGCAUCUUCAAAUGUGGUCCUUGACUCAAUAUGGUUUUGGAUCUCAAUAUCUGCCAAUGUACAACAAUGAUAAUGGAGAAUCUGUACUUGCUUGAUGAGCUUCUGCCAGUCUUCGAUUUCUUGUUUGAUGAUAUUGGUGAAGGUGUUUCUUUUGGCAUGGCAGUUGGAUAUGGAUAUGCAGAACCACUCAACUCCGUGCCUCCCAUUGACCGUUUACCGCAGAGCUGAAACCCUGGCAGGGAAAGCACUACUACUGCAACUGAUGGUCAUUAGAUUGUUUAAGAUUUUCUUUUUAUACGCUUAAGAUCAUGCAGUAAUGAUCGCUUGUGCUUAGAUUUGCUGGGAAAAAUUUAUCUGUACUACUGUUUUUCUGGUAAGUUAAUUAUAUUUAUUCUCUUUUUAUACA